GAGGAUGCAGUUGAAGAGUUGUUUCUGUGAAUUGGUCGACGGGCGAGGCAACUGAAUUGAAAAUAAUGUUGAGGUUGAGCUUUUCUAACCUAUAGGGGUGUGGCUUAUAAAUAAAGUGUUUUUAUUCAAGUUAUAAAACAAAUUUGAAAUGAAGUCGAACGUUGCUUUUAAUACUAUUCUAUUCUGUUUUGUGUGUGCUCUUUACUUAUGUCUAGCGCAACAAAAUGACAUCUACUUUGAUAAACAAGUGAAGACUGUAAUUUGGUGUACGGUGGGAGUAGAGGAGCAAAAGAAAUGUCUAGCGUUUGCCAAUGCAACUCACAAUGAUACCAGUCGGUUUGGUUACGAUUUUAUCAACAUUCAAUGUAAACAGGCUUUCAACAAAGAUGAAUGCAUGACGAUGCUUGAUGAGUUGAAGGCUCAUAUUACGAAUCUUGAUGCUGGUGAAGUUUUCAUUGGUGGCAGAUAUCACAGUCUAAUACCCAUCAUGCAAGAAGUGUAUCCUGGUAAUCUACUCCAUUAUUACUCUGUAGCAGUGGUUAAAAAAGGAACACUGGCUGAUGUUACCAACCUGAGGCAGUUGAGAGGAAAGAAAGCAUGUUUUCCAGAGGUUGGCUCACAAGCCGGCUGGGUCAUUCCAGUGCACACUGUAAGUAAUAGUCAGAUUCACUUUCGACUGUUAGCAUUGGCUGUUGCCGCCGAAUGUCGGCCGAUAUUCAUCGCCACACGUCUCAGAACGUCCUCAGAUUGGAUAAUAGCUGAUUCUCAGCCAGUAGGAGGACAUUCUGGAUGUCGACCGUUGAUCUAA